AUGCCGCACCAGAGACCUUUCAUCUCACUCAAAUCUCUGGAACCUAACAGUCCCAACACGGAAGCUAUCGACAAAGCCUCCACAGUCGAAGAGCCCAACUCGUUUAAGCUCCUGCGUGCAUACCAAGCGAGGCUGAAUGAAUACAUCAACAAGGGAGGAAAAUCGAGCACCAUCUACGGAACAUCACGCACAAUCUCAAAAGGUGUCAUGCCGACAAAACAGCAAGUCUUUCAAAAACCUGCAGCGAAAGCCGUAGAAGACCUCAAGACAGCAAGAGCUGGCGCGAAAGCAGAGAAGCGAGACGUGACUCUGACCGGCGAUGCUGCUGAGGACGAGGAGCUCAAGCAAGUGUACGAGCGCAAGCUUACGAGAUGGAAUCUAUGCCACCAUGAGCCUGGAAAUUCGAUAAGCGAUGAAUGCACACGCUUUCCGUAUACUGUGGUAUGCAGAAUGUCGCGCCAACCCGUAGAACAGCCGCUGUACACCACACCCAGGCUCUACUACAAAUUUGUUAGUAAAUAG